UGGCAGCUCCUCCACUCGCUGGUGCAUUAGUCUUCAGAUUCUCUGGAAGUGCAGGAGAUCGACCCACCAACGGAGUCCAUUGAUCUCAGGUUUCAUCUUGCCAGCAAACAACUUUGAUUGGUGGUAUCAAAGUGAGGAGGUCUGUCCAUGGCAUCCAAGCAAUAUCUUGCCAAGAGAGGGUCGUUCUUCCAAGCUUCACCUUUUAAAUAUGGAGACUCCCUCCCUCCUUUCCAGCCUCCGCCUUUGAUCCCGAUAAGGCUGAACAGCAGUGUUGGCAUGGGGAAUUGCUUGAUUCUUCAGGAGAAGAAGGUGAUCGAGAUAAUGAGGAUGGAUGGGGAGGUUCUUCGAUACCCUUCACCUCUCAAGGUGCAACAGGUGCUGAACGAGUUCCCUGGGCACGCAAUCUCCGAUGCACUUCCGGUGAUCGCCUGCCUGGAUCCGGAGAAGCGUAUGAGACAUGGGCAGCUGUACUAUCUCCUCCCUCCCAAGAAGCCGGUGGCAGAGACCAGUGCAGGAGAGGGCCUCGUCAGAAUCAAGCUGGUGGUGUCCAAGCAAGAGCUGAAGGAGAUGGUGAGGAAAGGAGGGGUCUCCCUUGAUGACAUGAUGUCUCUUCUCCGAAGAGAGCAGCAAAGCAGAGGCGGCGCAAGCGAGAAAGAGAGGGCCAUGGAGUGGAGGCCUACCCUGGAAAGCAUACCGGAAGGGAAUGAUCUCUGCUAAGAACAGAGCUCCUCGGUUAUCUAGCUGAAGGUUGAUGCAUGUACAUAUAUAUAUAUCUAUAUAUAUAUAUCAUCAAAGGGGUUCUCUUUCUCUUUUCUUCUCUUUCCUCGACCAGAGAAGGCAAAGAAAACCCAUCAUCAAUUGAUCACUCUAUUAAACAGCUUUUGGACUUCCUAGUAAUUCAUGCUGAUGAACAUGAGAAAUCUGUGUCAUGUUAGUUUCA